UCGCUGCAGCUAGCUAGCGUAGCGGGUAUCAAGUUAGCCUUUAGGGAGCUAGCUAGCGGUUAGCUGUAGUAGUACCGCUCAGCUCGUUAAAUCAUAAUUUUGUCGUUCCCGCAGUAAUUUUAAAUGUCUUCGGUGUAGUUGGCGUAUUGUUGAUAAAAGACUGCAGUGUAAGAAAGCGAAGGUGGAGGUUUCGAGGCCGAUUUUUUUCUGGUUGAGUUGACUCUGCAGGGGAAGAUGAGCAAUGGAAUGAUAGAGUCAAUAUCAAAAGCCUUUUGGGCCCACUCUUCAGCCACUAAACGGUCUUUCUUUUUACUGCUGGGACUGACCAUAGUGUCCACUGGGCAAGGGUCAGGAUGUGUGAGGCCAUACAUGGUCCAGAACAGCUGGGUAAACCUCACAGAAACCAACAGGGGCUCGUUCCCUGUGGGCACAGUACUGCAGUACAGCUGUGACCCUGGUUACCUGCCAGACGGACCCAGCAUCCUCAUCUGCACCACGCUGGGACGCUGGUCCUCUGAACCUCCUCACUGUAUACGCAGUGGUGCAUGUCUACCCAUCACCAAACCCGAGAAUGGGGGCUACACUUGCCACCCAUCCCCCUGCCGAAUGUUUUCCCACGGCACUGUGAUCGAGUUCUUCUGUGAUGAGGGCUUCGUUCUCAGUGGAGACUAUAACUACCUGACCUGUCAGGAUGGGCAGUGGGACGGCCCCAUGCAGAUCAGUUGUGUAAGCCAAGGUUGUAUAAGACCCUCAAUGGUGCAGCAUGGCUCAACUAAUCUGACAGACACCAACAGGAGCUUGUUUCCUGUGGGCACAGUACUACAGUACAGCUGUGACCCUGGUUACCUGCCAGCCGGACCCAGCGUCCUCACCUGCACCACACUGGGAGACUGGUCAUCUGAACCUCCUCGCUGUAUACACAGUGACGUAUGCCAGCCUCCAUAUCAGCUGGAGAACGGGGGCUACACAUGCCAUCCCUCUCCAUGCGGAAGACUUUCACAUGGCACCAUGAUUCAAUAUUUCUGUGAUGACGGUUACGCUCUGAAGGGAGACUAUAGAUUCCGUACAUGUCAGUAUGGGAAAUGGGACAACCUAAUGCCAAUCAGCUGCCUCAUGGAGCAAGGUUGUAUAAGGCCGUCAAUGGUGCAGCAUGGCUCAACUAAUCUGACAGAGACCAACAGGAGCUUGUUCCCUGUGGGCACACCACUAGAGUACAGCUGUGACCCUGGUUACCUGCUGGAUGGACCCGGCAUCCUCACCUGCAGUGCACAAGGGCGCUGGUCCUCUGAACCUCCUCGCUGUAUACGCAGUGACGUAUGCAAGCCUCCGUAUGAGCCAGAGAAUGGGGGCUACACCUGCCACCCCUCCCCAUGCCAAAGACUUUCUCAUGGCACUGUGAUUGAAUAUUUCUGUGAUGAAGGUUAUAUUCUGAAGGGAGACUACAAAUACCUUACCUGUCAAUAUGGGGAAUGGGACAGCCAAAUGAAGCUCAGCUGCCUCAUGGAGCAAGACCGUGAUCCAACUUUACCAUUGGGGAUGCCCGCCUUGUCCAUAGUAGCAUCCACAGCCAGCUCAGUGGCCCUCAUCCUGCUUCUUGUAGUGCUCUUUGUACUUCUGCAGCCAAAACUCAAAUCCCUCCAUCGACGUGAUCAGGGUGUGUCCGGGCAGCCUGUGUCCAUCAUGGUUGAAGGAGUCCAAGUGACUCUGCCCUCAUAUGAAGAGGCUGUGAACAGUGGUGGAGCCUCAGCUUCAGCUCUUAGCUCUGAGUCUCGAGUCCAGAUUGUGCUGUCCGAGGGUCAGCAUGCCACAGCGCCAGAGGCUGGCCCCUCUAGGCCUUCUUCCCUCAAACAGCAGCAUUCAGAGAUGGCUGUGGUCCACCCUGUCCCUCUAUCUUCAUCUUCCUCAUCACCCUCACCCUCAUCCUCUACCUGGGUUCUGGAGCACGCAGGUGCUACAGCUCCUUCAUCCUCACAAAGUAGGCCGUCUGCAGGCAGCGACCAACACAGCCUCUCUCUGGACUCUGAGAUGGACUACUCUGAUGAUAUGCCAUUGUUGAAGGAGGCCUGAAACAUGCUGCAGCCUUUGGACUUGCUCAAAACAAACAGAGUUACUACUGGCCUGAACUGGUGAGUGGGAUGCCUCUUGUGAGUUUGUCAACACAGCUGUCAACACAGACCAACCCACCUAAGGAGGAUCUGAGUGAAGCUGUGGGUCACUCAGAACAGUUCCUCUGACCAUCCCAAGGAGAACAGAGAAGGGAUUCACAUGUACAUACAUGCUUACAUUUUUUAUCAAAAUUCCUACAUCAUGUACGUAUGUCUAAUGUCUGAAGCUCAGUUUGAAAAUGUUGGACAAAAACAGAAAGGAACAGGCACCUCUGAAGCAAUGUGUCUUUUAAAGGCUGUUGGGGAGAAAAAAAUGACUGAUGUAUUUCAUACGAAUGGGCAAAGUUACAAACUCAUUUUCGGAACUAAUAAUCUCAUCAGUGUCUUGUUUACUGUUACUUUUCUUUAACCACAUAUCAUACCACACCAUUGAAGACACACAUUGGAAAAGAUGCAUGAAGGUCAGGUAAUCUAGGUUGUUGUCCAAGUCAUGUACACUCACAGAAUUGUCCUUUUGUGAUUAUAUAUCAUUAUUUAAAGUGUUAUUAAUCAUGACUCACACCAUCCCACGUCACUGUACAGUAUAAGGCUGCUUGUCCACCUAAGAGAUCACUCUACUGUGUGUUCUUUGGAUUGAGGGCAAAUGAUUUAAGUGACUUAUUUUUUUCAGGCCUGCAUUCAGCACAUUUCAUCCCUACAAAGAGUCACAUCUCCAUAUGUAUUCUCUUAUUCAUACCCUUUCCCCCGAUGGCCUUAGCUUUCCACUUCUAUGCACAGGUAUCUAUAAUAUGUACAAUAAGGAAUUUUAAAAAUGAAUGUCAGUUAAAUGCCUCCACUGCUUAGUGAUAUUAUAUGUGGCUUUGUUAAACACAUCAAUUGUACACCGGAAAAUAUUAUCUUCUUAAUUUAUUCAGGCUGCUUGGAAACUCCUGUUUCACAUCAGGAAAAUGUGUAUUUUAUUUAUUUGUGUCCAGAAUGCUGUUGAUCAGCCAUGGCUUCUUUUGAUGCUUCCACAGCUCUUGGGAACUGAAAAAAAGGAGUUAUUUUCACUUUGCCACUUCACUUUGAUUUCUACUGCAGGCACAUUAUAUGUGACACCGUAAAAGUGACUGGGAAGAUCCAACACAAAAAAGUUAAGUGUAUAGCUUAGUGUAAUGUCAGUGUUCACUUUGACUGUCCAUUGAGUUUACAUUUGGACUGAGGAAUGGAUUUUUUUUUUUGUGAAGAUGGUAUUUUAAUAUAUAUGUAAAAAUUUUUAAGUUAAGUUUGCUCUGUAUAUAUCAUAUGAUCAUUUUAAUUAAAUAUUUGAGAUGUUCA